AUGCUUGCCGUCAGCUUCUCCCAGGUUAAAGGUAUAGCCGAGGAUCGUGUCUUUCCCCUACUGCUGGAGACGUUCUUCAUUGCGUUGCAUGCCGUCCUUACUUUGUACAUCGUGCACAGACGAUGGGUCGACCGAAAAGUAGUGCCUCUAGUGCAUCCUUUCCUAUUCGUGAUCCUCGCGAUGUUCUUCAUAUCUUCCUGUCACUGGGCGCUGGACGUCUUCAUGCUUUGGAGGGACAUCUACAAGUUGCUUCCACAACUGGGGGUCUCGACUCCCGUGCUCGGGUACUUACAGGACCAGCCUGAAGCGUUAUAUGCUCAACAGGUGCUGGGCAACAUUCUGGUCGUAUUUGGAGACGGCGCCAUCCAAUGGCGCGCCUAUGCUAUCUUUGGACGCCCGCGGUGGUUGAAGCGAUUCUUGAUCGUGAUGUUCAUAGUCGAAGUUGGAUUAUACGUGGUGGCGGUCCUUUAUGAGCUAUUACCGCUCUUUCCGCAAGCACAUACAUCGCUGCUUCUCGCGAAGUCGUAUGGCCGAGUGUGGAUACCGAUAUCGUCCGCAACUCUCGCGGUGACCGGAUGGACAUACACAUCCUCGACAGCAUUGAUCGCGUACAAGACGUGGCGCCACCGGAAAGACGUCCGAACAUACGCACACCAGUACAAAUCGCAGACUCUGGUCGUCCUAGCUGUAGUAGUCGAGUCGGGAGUCGCAUAUACCGUCCUAUGGGCUUGGUAUACCGGUAUCAACUUCUCUUCACUGACGCGCAUGCAAGCAUGGCUCGACUUCUACUCCGUCCCGCUCUUUGCUAUGUACCCCGCUAUCAUCAUCAUGCUUGUCGCAACGCGUCGCUCGAUUCUUGACAGGAGUACGCAUGCUACUGGCACCAUCAGCGAGAUCCGAUACAUCGCGCCGGACUUGCACCCGCAGUCCACCGAUGAAUCUGGUAGCACCCUCGCUGCAUCCGCCAAUAAACGUGCAAACGACAACUCUGCUCCGUAUGAGCUCUCGCAGGGUAUUCGAUCUACCGGCUUUGACAAGACUAUGCGCUCAGAAGUGCCGGUUGACGGCAUGACUGUGGUUGAUAAGGGCAGUGACGUUGAACUCGAUGAAGCUGAACGGGGUGUAUGCAAGAACUCGAUGCGAUUGACUUAG